UGUUUCAGAGCUGCAAAAAAAUUAAAAAAAAAUGGGAAAGAGAAAGACUAAUGAGUGCGCCAAUGGCGGUGCUACUGCCCAGCAGAAAAGACAAAGAACAGCUGCAAAGAGUCGGAAGGGCACUAGAGCCAGCUCAAUUAGCAAGAAAACUAACAAUUCAGCGCAAACUCCGGCCAGCAGUUGCUCAGCCACAAGCAUCAACGGACGGGCGAGGCGCAGUCGUCAGGCAAGCAGCACAGAGAGGGCACGGGCAGUGCAGUCUCGGCCGCUAACAGUAGACAGCGGAGUAGGCCUACCUGAAGCGAUCUCGGCAUUACCGGCAGCAGGCAUCCCACCAGCAAUUUCGAGCACCCCACCACCACCAGCAGCAGCCCUGAAUACCCAACCAUCACAGCCGGGAUCACAGUUGCAGUUACAGUCAACAGGUGAGGUACGGAUAGAUCUAGAUCUUGAUCUACCCACUGGUACUAAUGCUACUUCAACCGAAGUUAGAUCUAUGGCUAAUUGCACAGCAAUUAGUGCUGGGGUCGGUACGACAAGCCCCAGGCCACACAGAGGGGCAGACAAUAGUCACAUAACAGGGGCGAACCCACUUUUAACUUCGUUCCCUACAAUCGUGCCCCAUGUUGACUGGGAGUCGGGGAAUCAAGGGCAUGUCUCAAGAGGCAUUCAAUAUAGAUCUAGGCCAAUCGGAAGUCAGUAUGAUAAUAACAGCAGACCUAGCUACACAGGUAUCGGUAAUUCAUCGGUACCACAUACCGAGCAUAGGUCCGGGUUCGCAGUAAAUGACUCCCCGCCCCAAUCCCCACUACGGCCAGUUGGAGAUAGACUAGGCUCGGCCAUUCCCAAUAACAUUAGGGAGAAAAUAUGGAAAGGCGAGUAUGUGGAUUUUAAUGUGUUAGUGAAUGCCCAAGAGGUGUCAGCACUCACACAGUGGGAAGCUAGAGACGAACAAAGGACGAAUUUGGCAAUGACUCAGGAAGACGGGAGAUUGGUAUUGAAACCUGUCAGCGCGACAUCCAAGAAUAAGAUUGCAACCAUAGAGUUGUGGACUAAUGCAUUUCUUGUGUAUGCUAGCAUUGUUUUGGAAGCAAAUUUGAAUUGCGCACAAGACUUACUGAAAUACUGCCACCUUAUUCGAUCUGCUGCUUCGCGCUAUUAUGGGUAUGGGUGGAGAGAUUAUGAUAUCGAAUUUCGUCACCGCUACCACAAGAAAGGUGGAUCUUGGGCAGGUAUAGAUGGAGAAUUGUGGCUCCUUCAUGUAGUGGGAGGGGGACCUCCUCGGGGAGUUCGUGGCCAAGACCGUCCACUCGGGCGAUCGGCCCCAUGGUCCAACAGGAGGGAAUGGAAGCGAACAUAUAACCCUAGCACUAGCCAAACACAGGGCAAGGGUAGGUUUGUGCCCCCCAGGUCACCCAAUUUUCGCAGUGGAAUCUGUCACGAAUUCAACUUCAGGUCAGGGGCUUGUAGCCGGAAAGAUUGUAGGUACGCGCACAAGUGUUCCCUGUGUGGAGCAAGUGGCCACGGCAAGGUUUUCUGCCCAAACAAUCAAUCCAACUCAAAAGCCCCCAAACCCAAAGCUCAGUAAGGAAAAGGCAAUUCCUAGGAGACAGAUAGAACACACAAAAAAUAGAAAUCAGGACAAGCUUGAAGGUGAAAUACACAGUAACAGUAGAGAUGUACAGAUUACAGGACAGGUUAUAUCCUUGGGGAAGUCACCCAUUAAAAUAAAGAGCCUACAACAAUUGUUAAAAAGCUACCCAAAUGAGCGAGCAGCCAGGUUUUUGGAAAGUGGUUUCACAGAAGGAUUUUGUUUGAAUUAUACAGGCCCUCGCAUGCCAGUAGACUUACCCAACCUAAAAUCAGCAGAAAAUAACAAGGACAUUACACGAGAGAAGAUACGGAAGGAGAUUAAGCUAGGGCGAUACAUAGGUCCCUUUGAGUCCAGGCCACUAAAAAAUUUGAGAACUAACCCAAUUGGCCUGGUGCCAAAGAAAUCCCCGGGGGAUUAUCGAUUAAUCAAUCAUUUAUCAUACCCGCCUGGAUACUCUGUGAAUGAUUUUAUUGCAGAUGAGCAUUGUAAAGUGGAAUAUACUAGAUUUGAUACAGCGGUUGAGAUGGUCGCCGAGGCUGGAAUGGGAGCCGACUUGGCUAAGGAGGAUAUCAAGUCCGCCUUUCGAUUGUUGCCUAUGCACCCGAAAGAUUUUGAGGUGUUAGGGGUCAAAUUUGAGGGGAAAUAUUAUCUCGACAAAUGCUUGCCCAUGGGGGUCAGAUGUGCUCCAGCGUAUUUCGAGACCUUUUCCACAUUCAUAGAAUAUUGUGUUCGGGAGCGAAGUGGCUCAAACGGGAUUAUACACUAUGUUGAUGACUUUUUGUGUGUUAGUUCAAUAGAGCACGGGGGCGUGUCAUGCCUCGAGAUGGUACAAGUUCUCAAAGGAAUCUGUGAGGAGUUAGGGGUUCCAUUAGCGGCAGAGAAAUCCGAGGGGCCUACCAAAAGAUUGACAUUUCUCGGGUUAGAACUUGACUCUGUGUUAAUGCAGGUUCGAGUUCCACAUGAUAAGCUUACUGAGGUUAGGCGCAAGAUUAAGAAGGUGUUGUCACACAAAUAUGUAACAGUUAAGGAGAUCCAAUCAGUCAUUGGGUCACUGAACUUUAUUAGUCGGGCUGUGCGACCAGGAAGGGCAUUCUUACGCCGGUUGAUAGACCUAAUAAAGGGAGAGAAGACUAGUUCUAAGCCACUGUCCAUUUCGGAGGGUGCUCAGCUAGACUUGAGAGCAUGGCUGGAGUUCAUAGAGUAUUAUAAUGGCGUAACAGUAAUUACACAGGAAAGGUGGGUAAAUAGUAGAGAAAUGAGCCUCUACACAGAUGCAAGUGGAGCAAUAGGCUUUGGCGGCUACUUCGGAGGCAAAUGGUUCAAUGGGAAAUGGUCUUCACGGGAAAUAAUCACUGGAACUUCCAUAGCAUGGAAAGAGAUGGUACCUAUUGUACUUGCAGUGUCAAUAUGGGGAGAUGAGCUAAAGAACAAGAAAGUUGUCGUGUACACAGACAACAUGUCAGUGAUGUAUGCAAUAAACAAACAGACAUCAUCGUGUACAAAAAUCAUGGCUUUGGUGAGAUCGUUCGUCUUGGUGUGUCUGAGGCAAAAUAUCUUGUUUAAGGCAGUUCAUGUACACACAUAUGAUAAUGGUAUUGCGGACUCCCUUUCCCGAUUCCAGAUGUACCGAUUUCGCAAGCUGGCGCCGUUGGCGGAAGAAAGGGCCUCACUAAUACCGCCUGGAAUAUUACAGACCUAGCAAAAGAAACACAGAGGCUGUUGGGACAAUCUCUAGGGGAAGGAUCUCAGCGCGUGUAUCAGAGGGCAGUGGAUUCUUUUCAGGAAUUUCGGUUGAAUCACCAGUUGAAUCCUUCUUGGCCGGCAUCAGUGAAACAGGUCAUGGCAUUUAUUGCCCAACUUUCUAUCAGUGGGAAAGCACCCUCGACAAUCACAGUGCAUGUUGCAGCCCUAGCAUAUUUACAUAACAUGCAUGGUUGGGCAGAUCCCACAAAACAUUUUUUGAUUAGGAAAAUGCAAGAAGGUAGUAGAAGAGACAAAUGUUGUGUAGAUACUAGAAGACCCAUCACAUGGGAGCUAAUGCGACAACUGUUGCCAAACCUAGCAUAUGUAUGUUUUUCACGAUACGAAGCAAUCAUGUUCAAGGCAGCGUACUUACUAGCAUUCUUUGGUUUCCUGAGAAUAGGGGAGUUCACCAUCCGAGGGAAGGGUGAUGAUACAAGGAAGGCGUUGAAUAUCACAGAUGUACAAUUAGGCCGAGGCAUUCCUGAAACUUUACUGUUACAAAUACGAUUUUCUAAGACAGACCAAUAUGGGAAAUCUACCACUUUGAGGAUUAAUGCAAACCGGGUAGAGGGGGUAUGCCCAGUACAGGCCAUGAAAUCAUAUUUACAAGCAAGGCCACAGGUAGAGGGUCUACUAUUCUGUCAUGAGAAUGGCUCCCCCCUUACAAGGUACCAGUUCAGUGCAGUCCUGAAAAAGAACAUUCAGCAAAUUGGGGCGAAUGUUAGUCGGUAUGGGACUCACUCUUUCCGAAUUGGGGCAGCUACCACAGCUGCUUUGAAUGGUGUGCCACCAGAACAAAUUAGGAAGAUGGGUAGGUGGCGCAGUGAAGUUUAUUUGCGCUAUAUAAGAUAAGUUACAGUUACUCCAUACUAAGUACUAGGGAGUUAUUACAAUUAUGAAAAUAAAGCUCACAAGAAAAUUUUAUAUGUUCUUCCCAAAUAUAUGAACAUGUUACUUUCGGGAGUUUAACUAUUUUAUUUCAGGACGAGUACGCAACCGAGUCUGGAUAGUGGGGGACAGUAUCGUAAGAAGGGCCAAAGAGCGAGCCACUGCACAGAACCGCCUGCACUUGGGAGCAGAGAAGGGUGCAGUACAGUGGCAUGGUCAAGGAGGUGCUACUCUCCAUGACUUCCCCCGAAUGGUCACAAAUAGGCUGAAUUACAACGCCCCACCUGCACUGGCGAUCGUUCACCUGGGAACAAACGACUUGGGUCAGAGAGAUGCAUGCCGUUGCAGAAUCGCAAUCGAUACAGCAAUUCAAACUCUACGAGCAAGAAUGCCAGGAACCCACAUAGCCUGGUCUGGUAUUCUUCCAAGAUUGUUUUACUACGGUAGCAGACCAGGCCCAACAUCACAAGAGACAAUGGAUGGUGUGCGGAAGUCACUUAACAAAUUCGCAAAGAGGAGAAUCUCCCAGAUGGUGAACACAUCAAUGAUAGUGCACAACAUAGAUACCAAAGAGCACAAUCUGUUCCAUAGGGAUGGAAUUCAUCUCUCAGAUGUGGGCUCGGACAUGCUCAUCGAUAAAUUCGAAUCUGCAGCCAAGGACACUGGCCUUCUCUGAACAGAUUCAGCCUAAUGUCAAUAGUAUUCUAUGUAAACCUAAAGUGAGCGACAAAAGUCAAUUAGUUGAAUUGAGUUAUAUUUGGGUUAUUCCAUGAGGUUGGGUGUGAAAAUAUAAGAUGAUAGCCAGGUAACGGGAGGCAUGAGAAAUACUAUUACACACUGAAAAGUAAUUCAGUCGUGGAAGAUUCUGAUACAUUGAAUAUAUAACUCUGUACUGUCAAGUCAUGCUUGUUUCAAUAAGUAAUCUAUAAAAGAUAUAUACUGUGACACAAAUUUGUUUACCUAUGGGGAUAAGGCAGUCAGUGCGCAUGUAAAAGGGUGAUGUAUGAUUCGUCAAUGUAAAUGUAUUUGGCUUUGUUCAUCUUAUGAGGUGGAAAUGUUUUGAUUCUGAAUCUGGAAAAUCUGAAGUCACAUGGCAUUACAUUAUAAUUGUCUAGUGAUAAGGGAGCCUGAGUCUGCUGGCAAGGACUGGAGUCAGUAAGACUUGGUCGCACUAAAUGUUUCAGGAACCAGUGGGCCAUAGGGGAAUUUUCCCGACUACGAAAUGUAGCUAGCUCGACGGAUCUUUAAGUCCGAUCACAAUAGCCGGUUUUGCCCCUAUCUUUCCUCGCGCAGCAGGAGUAGCUCCAAACAGUUUAGAAUGCAAAUGCAUUAACACCUCAACAUGAAAUGUAUAGUUACCCAACUUUAAUGCAUGACACAAGUGUAGAAGUGAACGGCAAUGAGCAUAGUUCACAUGAUGACAUCAUGAGUGUAUGGUUAAAUAGGUCAGGAUGAAUACCUACAGCAACCGGGGGAGAAAGUAGGAGAUCUCAAGAGAUCUGUAUAGAAGCUGAAUCUAGUUUUAAAAAAACAAACAAUAAUAAUAAAUUAAUUAAUUAAUCACAAAAAAAAAAAAAAAAAAAAAAAGGUAUUGGGUGGAGGUUUGAAUUUUAUAUAAUGUAAUUUGAACACGCGGGACUGCCAAUAUCUUUGGCCAAGCAGGCCGGGAUACGCGUCCGCGUUUAGGAGUGAUGAGGGGGACAGGAACCCCAAGAAGAGGGGGAUAUCAGCGGGAGUUACUAUCUUGCUGGUGGAUCACGUUCAGAGCCCCAUGAAUUGGGGGGCUACCGGGAGGAGCUACUAUCCUUUCUGGUGAUCACGUGACCAGAGAUCCUCAGGAUUAUUCUGACAAAUUAAUUCUCACAGUUUGAUAUUGCAGAUAGGAUUAUAUUACAUGUAUUUUGGUUUUGAGUUUCGCAGAAUUAUGUUCCUGAGUUUUCAUGUUCGUACAUAGCAAUUUGCAUCAUGUAUGUGUAUUGGUAUUACAGGCAGACAUUGCCUAUUUUAAAUGUUAACGCCUUGAAGCGGAAAUAAAUGUCGAGCAAUUGCAA